AUGUGGGAGGUACCUCACUGCACAUAGUUGCUGCAGUGCUAAUAGUUGGCAGCAUAGAAAGCAGUACAAAGAGUUCUGACUGUAGACACUUUCAGUUGCAACAUUCACUUGGAGGCUGUGGUAUGCUUAUUUAGUGAGCUGUAGUGAUACUCCUGGCACACUUACUUGUGUAGAUAAGUGGGAGUAUCUGCAUACUUUAACAAGCAGAUGUAGGCUACUAACUGAAAGGUACAAUAGCAUGGCUCAGACUGGCUGAAGUACAGUGCUGGUGUGUAAAUAAAACCUUAGUAUCAAGAUGGCUGACCUGGAAGUUUACUUGUAGCUCGUGAUCCUUGUGCAAAUGAGUUACAUGUCAGUGACUUACUCAGAGGAGGAAGUUCAUUUUGCAUGUGUCAAGUUCUCGCCAGGGUCAAGAUGGAUAGCACAGACGAACCUCAGAAAAAAGUCUUCAAAGCACGAAAAACAAUGAGAGUAAGUGAUCGACAACAACUUGAGGCUGUCUAUAAGGUUAAAGAGGAGCUUUUGAAGACAACUGAAGUUAAACUGUUAAAUGGAAAGCACGAGAAUGGAGAUUCUGAUUUAAAUUCCCCUUUAAGCAAUACAGACUGUACGGAGGACAAAAAGGAAGUUAAUGGCCUAGUGGAUUUGUGUCUUAACUCUGAAGAAGGAAGACCAGAUUCUGAGGAAAUUACUGAUGUCAAAAGUCCUGAAAGCAGGGCAGAGAGCAUAGUCAAUGAUCUAGAAUCUAAACCUCAAACAUUAUCUCCAGAGAAUGUUAUUUCUGAGCAAGAUCAAGAUACAGAUGAUACAGCUUUAGCCUGCGAGGCUGAAAAUGGAGUGCUUGGUAGCAAUAAAAACAACUUCCAUGAAGAAAAUAAUACAAAAGAUCAUUUGGACCAAAGAAAGAGUGACAUCCUAUCAGAAGGUGAAAGUAAAUUAAGCUGUGAUAUUAGUGACUCUUCUGAAGAGAAAAGCGAAACAAAUGACUUAACUAUUAGUUCCGAUUUACCUGUUGAAGAAAAGAAGGCUGAAGAAGUGACUGUUGAAGAUGCUGUUGGAGAAGAGGCUAUCUCUAGCAGUAUGGAAGCUGAUCAGGAGCCAAGGGAUGAAGGUGAUGACACUGCAGAUCUUUCAGAAACCACCAUUGAGAAGACGAUAGAUGAGCCAAGUGAGAGUAUCUUGGAGAAUACAGACUCUAUGGAAACAGAUGAAAUAAUUCCAAUUUUGGAAAAACUAGCCCCUGCUGAAGAUGAACUAAGCUGUUUUUCCAAAAGUUCUCUACUUCCAGUAGAUGACACAGCCCCAGAUUUAGAAGAGAAAAUGGAAAACUGUUUGGGUUCACCAUCCAAGCAGGAAAGCAAUGAAAGUCUGCCUAAAGAGGCUUUCUUAGUACUGUCUGAUGAAGAGGAUCCUUGCGAUGAGAAGGAGGAAGGUGCUGAAGUGAUACUAACAAACAAGUCAAGUCUUCCGGAGGUGGAAGAAGACAGAAAGGAGAAUGAGAAGGAGGAUAAAGAAGGAGAGGAGACUCAAAAAGAAGAGGAGACACAUACAGAAAGAAGUGAAGUGUCAAGGAGAAAGCGUUCUAAGUCUGAGGAUAUGGACAGCGUACAUUCUAAACGCCGUCGGUACAUGGGAGAAGACUAUGAAGCAGAACUCGAAGUAAAAAUUACAGCCAGAAGAGACGUUGACCAAAAAUUACAAAAGGUUAUCCAGAGUCUGUUAGAAGAAAAACUUGCUGCUUUGCAGUGCGCUGUAUUUGAUGAGACUCUGGCAGACUUGAAAACACGAAUAGAGAAAAUAGAAUGUAACAAGAGGCAUAAAACUGUGCUUACUGAACUACAGGCUAAAAUUGCUAGAUUGACAAAGCGGUUUGGAGCAGCCCGGGAGGACUUGAAGAAAAGACAGGAAAAUUCAUCAAACCCACCUUUGUCUCCAGGGAAAGCAGGGACUGACACUGCGAACACAAAUAAUGUGACAUAUCGAAAUGCUGGUACGGUGAGACAGAUGUUGGAGUCCAAGAGGAAUGUAGGCGAGAGCACACCAGCAACUUUUCAAGCCCCUGUGAAUGCAGUGCCAGCUUCCAGUCUUGCUGCUCCUCAGACAGUUGUCAGUGGACAUCUUAAGCCUCAGACUCCAGUGACCUCCAGCUCUUUGACAACAACAGUUCUUCCUACAGCUAACACAGCUACAGUUGUUGGCACUAGCCAGGUGCCCAGUGGCAGCACUCAGCCGAUGUCUGUCUCAUUGCAGUCUUUGCCAGUAAUAUUGCAUGUACCUGUUGCAGUGUCAUCCCAGCCUCAGCUCCUGCAAGGCCACACGGGGACUUUGGUCACCAACCAACAGUCAGGCAACGUUGAAUUUAUAUCUGUACAGAGCCCAUCCACUGUUGGUAGCCUUACCAAAACUCCUGUGUCUUUGGCAUCAACUAACCCAACUAAACCAAAUAACAGCCCAUCUGUGCCCAGUCCUGGUAUUCAGAGGAACUCUCCAGCCAGUGCUGGGACAAUAGGGACAACAUUGGCAGUACAGGCUGUUUCAACUGCACAUCCUGUUGCCCAGGCCACAAGGACUUCUUUGCCCACAGUGGGUACUUCAGGACUUUAUAAUCCUACCAGCAGUCGAGCUCCCAUACAGAUGAAGAUUCCCCUCUCUGCAUUUAGUAGUACAGCUCCUGUUGAAACACCCACCAUUACAGCGCCCAGAGUUGAAAACCAGACAAGCAGGCCACCAACGGAUACUUCAGCAAACAAGCGAACAGCUGAAGGAACAGCGCAGCAGUUGAAACAGGAGGAGACCUCAUCAGAAAAAAAGGAAGCAGUAGAAGCUCCACAGACGAAUUUUAACUUCCCUGAGGAUGUCCUCUUUGGCUUGGAGGAAGAGGAAGAGGAUGCUAAGAGCAUCAAAAACACCCACAAGCAGACUGGCUGGGCAGCUAACCUAUUAAAGCAGUGGCUGGCCAAAAAUGGCAAGGAUCCUAGCUUUGAAUUGGUCCCAGUAAGUGAACUCAAUGAUAUUUUGAGAGAGUUUUAUUACACAAUAAGGAACCAUGACGGAAAUACCUACAGUGUGGCAAGCUACAAGUCAAUGCGUGCUGGCUUAAACCGGCAUCUCAAAAUGCCACCUUAUAAUCGUCAGAUUUGCUUAAUGAAGGACAAAGAGUUUGCUAGUGCUAACAUGGUGUUUGUAAGUGUGCUGAAGAUGCUGCGCAUGCAGGGAAAGGAUGAGACUCACCACCAUCCUCCUAUAGCUGCUGAGGACUUGCAUAAGAUUAAACAGUCUGGUGUGCUGGGAUUGCACAGUCCCCUUGCACUCGUCAACAAGGUGUGGUUUGAUUUGCAGUUGCAUUUUGCCAAACGAGGGAGGGAAAUCUUAAGAGAUCUGGCUCCAGAUGCUUUUGUUGUUGAGAAGGACAAGAACGGGCGUCGAUAUGCUAUGUUUAGGUAUCCUGGCAGAGGAAAAAAUGGUGAAGAUCCUCAUAAAAUGGGUAAAAUGUAUGAUAUGCCAGGGGAUCCAAACUGUCCUGUGUUCUCCUUGGAGCUUUAUUUGUCUAAGUUACCUCCGGAGCCCCCUGCCUUUUACCUGCAUCCUUUAAAGCUAACAUCAGAGCAAAUGCAAGAACAGCCUGUCUGGUACAAAAGAGAACCAAUGGGUGUGAACUACUUGGGUACAAUGAUGCCCAGGAUAAGUGUGGCAGCCAGGCUCUCUCAGCGAUAUACUAAUCAUUCUCUCCGAACUACCACCAUCCAGCUACUGUGUGAAGCAGGACUGGGGCCUAGAGAAAUAAUGGCAGUGACAGGCCAUCGCUCUGAGUCUGCUAUUAGACACUACUGGGGAGCUGCAGAAGUUCGCUACAGGGCUUGGUCAGAUAUAAUGGAGAAUAACACGCCCAGUUAUCUUUAUAGCAAGAUUCCAAAUGAAGUGAUAACAGAUUCAUUAUCUGGUGCCUCUGCUUCUUCUAUAAAUCACGUCGUUAUAGAACAAAACAAAAUUUUAUUUCCUAAUAAAUCUGUUGUGCCAUCUGGCGAUAAUUCUGUUACUUUAGUUCCUGGCGGAAAUACAGGUCUGAAUUCUAAAAGUCACAUCCUGUUGAACUACGCUUCUUCCAAGGUGUUUCUCCCCAAGAACGUAGCCAGUGUGAAUCUAACCGCCAGUCCCCUUCAAGGCUGUUGUAAUGAACCUGUUUUUAUAAAUCGUGUGGUAAAACAAGAACCAAUGACUUGAUGCUUCUGUAAUGGAACUGAUUUCAGAUGAGUUACUAAAGUAGAAAAUUUAUCAAAUCUUUUUCACUUGGUCCGUUAAGGAAAUUUCUUACUGCAUAGUUCAGCAAGAAAUAUCCUGUUUGCACUCCUGAAGUGAACUGUGGAACAGAAAUGUAAACAGAGCAGGGCUUGGAGUUUGCAUGACUUUCUGUGGCAGCUGUAUGACAUUCUCUGGCAGCUGGCACUCUUCAGUGGCUAAACAGAGCUAUUUUAAAAAAUGAAAGGGGAUAUUGAUUUCCACUUAGCUGAAGAGCUAUGCUUUCUUCACUAAGUGCAUGGUUUUUAUAUUUUGUGAAGAGUGUAUUUAUUAUACCAUUUUGUGCCUGCUGGCACUAAUGUAGCAUUUUACAAAUCAAAUACUUGAUUACUGAAGAUAACAGAGAAAGUACAAGCUGAGUGAAGUAGACGUAAAUACACUACAAAUAUAUAUGUAUGCAUGAAAACACCUAGAAUCGUUUGACCAGUAUCACCCUCUCUGUUCAAAUUGUUAUCAGACCUAGCAGAGGAUUGUGCUUGUUUUAGUUUCUUCUAAACUGGCUUUCCUCUGUGGGUUACAGAUUUAUAUUUUAAGUCUUUCCUUUUCCUCUUCAUAUGUCUGGCUAAAACUUCAGUCAUUCUGGUCUCCAGAGGCGCUAUAUGAUAUAAAUGAUACAGAGGUUGGUAUCUCUUCCAUUACACCCGAAAUGGGGAAAACUGUUCUCAAAAGGGUUGAGAACAAGUUUGUUGCUUAAAUGUCAAAUAAUUAGAGUUGAAGUACUGUCUCUGUAUGUGCUUGAGAGAGGUUUUUAUGUAUAUCCUCUCACCUACACCUUUGUUUCAUUGCAUUUCACAUUGUAUCAGUAUAGCACAAUAGUCUAUCAGAAUUCUUUCACAAGAAGCAUGUCCUGUUCUUCCCCACCAAACUACUCAAAAAUGGCUGUUAGUUUUAAUUUCUUUAGAUUAGUUCAUCUGUUACUCAGUGUAGUAAAGUGAUCCUAUCAUUACGCUUUUCAUAGGAGAUUUUUGUGGGUUAGAAAUCUUGUCUCAGAACAGUGAAUGUGAAUUUUGUCAGAGAAAUGAAGUUGUCUUUAAAAAGGCUCUUUUCUGAUGAAGAGAAAUUAGAAAUUGGGAGGACUAGUUAUAGUUCAUUUUUAAUGAGCCAUACUUGAGAAUCCAACUCAACUCAUAGUUUGUCUCUGCUAUUCUAUGCUGUGAAUUUUCGUCAGAGCUUCUGACAAAUCAGAAAAUCUUAAUGUAGGCAAAAAUGAAAAACUGGUCAUCAGAUCACAAAAUAUGUCAGGUCCACUUCAGAAGAAGAAAUAGCAUAGCAUUUAAAACAGCUUUCCAUUAUUUUAACUAAGUAAAAUAAGAAGAACUUUGUACUUUUGAAGUGUGUGUAUGUAGAAAUUUUUUGUAGUAGAUAUGUUAUGCACACGCAUGCGAGCACACACUCACUGUCACACUAAGGACUUAACUGUAGAGAUCUGGUUCAUUUAGGGAAGUAUUUAUGUUGCUCAGCAAUGUACAAAAUAGAAAAAAAUCCCAGCUGAAUUAAUAAAUUUACCAUUAUAAACUCUUAAUUCUGUGGAGGACUGCCUUGCUCAGAAAGGCUUUCAGAUAUUGAAUGAAUUUUAUUGUAGUCUAAACACAGGACUUGAUGCCUGAAUUUCGGAUUUUUUUUAUCAUGGCUGAUAAUUACCUUUAUGGCCUUGGGUACUGUAUUUUUAAUUGCAUUACAAACCGUCUGUUUUCCAUUGUGUAAGGUUAGCAUAGAAUGUUCCAUUUUCUGAUGGAUCAUCUUAAAGAUUAAAAGGUUUUGAAAGUUCUGUAUUCAUCUUAACACAUUGCAUUUACAGUUACUUUUGUUUGCUGUUUUUAGAAUGAUCAAGGUAGUUGAUCAGACAAUUGUUAAUAUAAAAAUUACUUCUGCAGCAUAAUCCUACAUUUGCUUAGUUACAGCAUUAAUUUGUAAUAUGGCUAGCGGAAGGAAAGUGUGGAACCAAGAUUAUCAUUUUAUCAAAGAUGAAGUAAAUCAAACAAAUGAUAAAGAAAGGAAUCUUUUUAAUGGCUAGAAAGAAGAAAAAAAUUGAAAAAAAUGAAGGGCAACCUAAGUUCUCAAAAUAUAGGGAAAUUGCUAUAACUUAUUCUAGGGACUGGUAGAUCUAAUUUCCUGUUUGAAGACAUCUUGCUCCAAACUUUCAGCAAGAUGGGUGUGUAUUAUUUUCCUAAAAAACAAAACAGAACAAAAAAAACCCCCCUCUUUUUGUCUCAGGUAGUUCCUUGUUUCAGGCAUUCUGGAGUUGAACACUUACCCUGCAGAACAAGAAAAGUACCUUGCUAGGAAAUAAAUUACUCCUUUCUGUCCUCUCUUGCUGCAUAAUGUGGUCACACUGACCAUAUGGCCUGCUCUGGUCUUAACUGCAUUUGUGUAAAUUACUGUAAAGGCAUACUGGUGGUAGUUUCAUUCCUUAACACAAAUCUAGGUGAUUUUAAGAGUUGGGAAGGAGGAAGAGGGGAAAAGAAAAAAAACAAAAAACAAACAAACAAAAAAACCUCCUGUGGCAAGUCUGGACAUGUCUUUGAUUCUUUUCGAUUACCAUUUGGCUUCUAAUUUGACUUCCGUUUCGUUAGCUCAUAAUGAGAUACUUUUGGUUUCUAAUUCACUAAAUUAUAUAAUUUUUCCCCAUUAACUGUGCAAAGCCCUCUUACUACGUUCAGUUUGAACCUGAUGCUUGGAAGCUGUUAACUGCAAUGUAUCAAGGUUUUUAUUUUUGUAUGGGAAGGGGACUUUUUGAAAAGCAGAAAAAAGAAUAUUCCUGCUUUGAAGUAGCAUUGCUUUGAAGGAGCUAGGGUCAUUAUUACGUGUUGGUGGAAAGCUUAAUAGAAUUGAUUCUAAGUAAUAGAAUAUACUUCUAGAACUUUUCAGAACUGAAAAUCCUUCCCCUAGUGCCCCCCUCCUGAGCCCAAAGUGUUAAAUGGAUCCCCUCUACACAUAUUUCCUUUCUAGAAAGCUGGGGUAGGCAGACAGAAUGACUGUUUUGCUGCUUUUGUAAAGUCAACUGUGGUUACAUCUACAGUAACAUCAGGGUGGUGCUGUUCUUUUGAUGUUUGGUGGAUUUAUGUUGUUUGGGGUUUUUUUGUUUGUUUCUUUUUAACUGUAAGAUAUACCUUAGAAUCAAUCCUGUGCAUUGCAGUACAGGUUACAUAGUGUGAAUAUCAUGAAAUCUAUCAAAAUUGACAUGAAUUGGACUCCUCAGUGGCAGUAUCAGCAUAGGACCUCAAACAGCAUAAUGACUGGGGGUUUUGUUUGUUUGUUUUUUCGUUUCUUCCCAUUACCUUUGCUUUACAGGUAAAGCACACCGAUGAACCAACAGUUUAUGUACAAUUUGUUUGUUAUGAUUUAGAAUGUACUUUGGCUCUAAUCUUGUCAAUAUACCGUUGUUAAUCAGCAUUUAAAAUUCAAUUAAAAAAACCUGAAUAUAACAAAUAUACUUUGAAAGAAAUUGUUAUCUAUUACUCUUGAAUUUUUUAAUUAUUUUUUUUCUAAGAAGUGCGAAGGUUUCAUUUCAGUUGUAAAUAAGCAGCAGUUAGCCUUAGCCAAGUCAACUAAACUCGGUUUUUAAGCAGUGGUCACCAUUUUACUGGUUAAAUCCCAUUUCCCAUAUUAGAGUUGACUCUGAAAAGGAGUUCUGAAAACAGUGGGUAAUGACUAUAACCUUUUAUAAUACAUCCACAAUAUAAUUUUACAUCUCUUUCUCAUAAUGGAAUAUAUGUCCUGGUGCCAUGAAUCUAAAACUGUUGUGUUUUGUGGUUUUGUCUGAUAAAUUUGGAAGUCUGUGCUGUUACUUCAAGAAGCAUCCUCAUAACUGCUCAUUUUUAUGAAGUUAGCACAGGAGCUUACAGUGUGUUAAACUUCCUCUUCUUUCAUUGCUACAUAAUUCAUCCCCAAUGUAAGACAGUGGUUUAUCUAGAAGAUGAGUCUUCUUCACUAUAUGCACUUUUUCUGUGCCCCUUAAGGAUCUCAGUUGUGUAGAACAUCAAAUUUUUGAAGGUGUUGGAAGAAACUUCCAUAGCCUGAUUUUGUUUUAGUCUGGUUCUUCAGUUACCCUGAAUUAGGUAGCUUCUCAGUAGGUGCCUACCAUUUAAGUUAGUAUAAUCAGAGUUACCACUAAGCACCUUGGGCUGUCACUCUGCUGUAGAGCCACUUCUCCCUUUUUCAGCCUUCCUCUGCUUCUUGCUCCAAAAGCAAGGAAUGAGCAAGGGGAUGUGGGAAGGGGGUCAUCUUACUGUGUGUAAUUCGUUGCUUAAGUUAAACUUUCUCACAUUUACACUGAAAUUUUAAAGGGUUGCUAUUCAGUCAAUGUCAUUUUGCCAGCGGCCAUCCCAGUGCCUCAGGUCCUAGAACUGCAUUUCUGAAGACAUGGCAAGCACUUUUAAUAUAUUACAGUACAUAUAACUGUUAUAAGGUAAAGACAUUUUUAAUUAUAUUACAAAUCUUUAUAAUGAUUUUUAGGUAUUUUAUUAUGAACCCCAGUUAUAGAUAAAGGAUUUAUAUAUACUAGAUAUAAUAUAUAAAGACAGAGCUAUGGCAUAUUGAGAGAAUUUAUGAAACUUUUUUAUUACACUAUGACAUAAAAUAACAGUGAACAAACUUAAUGGGGUUGGACGUAUUAAAAAUGGCUGGUUUAAAAAUCAAUCAGUUCAAGAAUAAGUAUGAUAUAUUUAUUAAACCACCAGGUCAGGUGAAUAGUCCCCUCUCCUUCCCUGUUCUCCACUUCAGAUGCACCUUACCCUCUUUAUGGAGCAAAUCUUUUUUCAAUCUAAAUUUUAUCUGUGCAUUUUACCUUUUCAGCUAACACUAGUAAAAAACCACCAGUGCCAUACCUGCUUCCUGUUGUUUCUGUCAUGCCAUGUUCUGAUUAUUGACUACAGUUUAAUUUAAGCCAUUUGGUGACUAUUCUAAACUCCUUUCCUAAAAUGUUAAUAAAAUAUAUUUACAACUUUUAUACCUUUACUUGCAAUGUGUAACAAACUUUGUGAAUGUAGCAUCUGUUGGGAAACAAUGUGAGCAAAAUGUCAGCUUAAGGCUUAUAAGCAGCUAUUAAUUCUAUGUCGUUCAAGUAUUAUUGAUGAAAAUAUUUCCUUGCAUUUCAUGGUUUUGUCAUUGAAAAUAAACAUACAUAAUUAUAUAUCUAAAUGGGAUACUUGGUUUUUGUCUCUGACUUCGGGAUUAUGUUCAUGCUGCUAAAAUGUAACUAGCUCUAAUCAGUAAGGUGGAACCUCUACCUGAGACUAAUUCUAAAUCAAAGUUUUUGGCAGGAAGAUGGCUUAAAAAUCAUAAGAGAAUGAAUUAACUUUAAUUCUGUUACUUAGGACUGCCACCCAGUUCAGCUACAUAUUGUACUGUUGGGUAUUUUUCAGAUUUUUUUAUUUGUUUUUAAAAUGAUUUCUUUCCUUGAGACCAUUUAUGUGUUACCUAAGCGAUCUGCAGUUACUGAGAGCAGCUUUCAGUAAUAAGUGAAUAAACUCAUGUUUUACAGGCACUAAUUUGUCUGUUUGGGUGAAAAAAAUUGAGUAUUAAAACAAUGUAACUAUUGGUGUCAUUACACCAAACACAGAUAAUAGCUAUAAAAAGCUGCGUUAGACUAAUCUGAAAUGUGCUAUAAAUAAUACAUUUACCAAUUAAUGAUACAGUCUCUCAUCAUCCAAGAUGGCCCCUGACGUGAUAUGGUUGGAGGACUGUCAGUGGGCUUUGGGGAAACAAGGUAGAUGUUUCACCUUAUAAGAGUAAGAGCCAGUAAAGAGACACAUGUGUGCAUGCAUGUGUGUAUGUGUUCAUUAUAUACCCUUUUAACUGCAUGAUUAAGAAAAAGCAAAAUCACAGCUAUAGAGAAAUACUUGAUUGAGGCAUUGCGUCAAGUGUGUUUUCCUGUAUGGUUUUGGAUUGGAAUUACAAUUGGUUGUCCAAAGUGCUCGUUUAGGCACUAGCAAUCUUUGAAAUAGACUCCUUGAAUUAAGUUUUUAAUUAACAGGGGUAGCACAGCCAAUGUCUACUCUUUGCAACAAAGAACUGAAAGGGUAUAUAAUACAUGAUGUUUAAUAAGACUGGUUACUUGUUUUAUUUUUUUCUUGCUUACAUUGUUCUUGUUCUGUAGAAAGUGUUGCACAGUGCAGAAUAAGUUGUAGGGGGACCCAGCAAUUUUGCCAUAAAUGUAAUACAUAAAAUGUUUGUUGAGAGUAUUUGAGUAUUACAUGAGUAUGCAACCACACCCUAUCAAAACAAGUAUUGCUGCCCUGUGAAAUUCUGUUUGUAUGAAGUAUGAACUCAGUAAACUGCUAGCUUUAUUGCAUUA